AUGGCCCACUUGAGCGCCAAAAUCUCCAACUUCAUGGAGCUAUGGUUGGACAUGUUGGCUCAUAUACGAAAUCAGGCAGAAAAUGACAACAUCACAAACCUGGCAGCAGGUGACCUUCUUUGGAUCGGUUUGCACUGGGAACAACUGUGGUCUGAUGGGAGCACCUUGCUGUUUCACUACUGGGCCAGUGGGCAACCAGACAGCACAGAGCAGUGUGUCACCACAUCAUUCAGAAACUCAGGACUGUGGUCUGAUGACAGCUGCUCCCUCACUUUCCCAUUCAUCUGUUACUCAACAACUCCUCCAAAAACAGAAGACUUCAGAUCAAUAGGACAAAAUGAGUCCAGUAUCACUCUGCAGUGGAACAAAGUGAACAACAACUUCAGCUUUAUUCUCCAGUUUAAUGGUGCAGAGAUCAACAUCACUGCACCAGCUGGAGAUGGACGAGUAACUCACACAGUCUCAUCUCUCACUGCUGCAACUGAAUACACAUUCACUCUCUUCUCUGUGUUUGAGGACGUCAGAAGCAGUGGAGUAAACAUUACUGCAGUUACCGCUCCUUCAAAAACUGAAAACUUCAGAUCAAUAGGACGAGAUGAGACCAGUAUCACUCUGCAGUGGAACAAAGUGAACAACAACAUCAGCUUUAUUCUCCUGUUUAAUGGUGCAGAGAUCAGCAUCACUGCACCAGAUGGAGAUGGACCAGUAACUCACACAGUCUCAUCUCUCACUGCUGGAACUACAUACACAUUCACUCUCUUCUCUGUGUUUGAGAACGCCAGAAGCAGUGGAGUGAGCAUUACUGCAGUUACUGCUCCUCCAAAAACCGAAGACUUCAGAUCAAUAGGACAAGAUGAGACCAGAAUCACUCUGCAGUGGAAUAAAGUGAACAACAGCUUCAGCUUUAUUCUCCAGUUUAAUGGUGCAGAGAUCAACAUCACUGCACCAAAUGGAGAUGGACCAUCAUGGAGUAUUAAUAAUUAUUACGAAAACUUGUUUGUUGAUAAAUUCAUUCCCUUCUCUUCUUCUCUCUCAGGUCCUCCAAAAACCGAAGACUUCAGAUCAAUAGGACAAGAUGAGUCCAGUAUCACUCUGCAGUGGAACAAAGUGAACAACAACUUCAGCUUUAUUCUCCAGUUUAAUGGUGCAGAGAUCAACAUCAAUGCACCAGCUGGAAAUGGACCAGUAACUCACACAGUCUAUUAUCUCACUGCUAGAACUACAUACACAUUCACCCUCUUCUCUGUGUUUGAGAACGUCAGAAGCAGUGGAGUGAACAUUACUGCAGUUACCGCUCCUCCAAACACAAAACAAUUCAGACCAAUAGGACAAAAUGAGACCAGUAUCACUCUGCAGUGGAAUAAAGUGAACAACAGCGUCAGCUUUAUUCUCCAGUUUAAUGAUGCAGAGAUCUACAUCGCUGCACCAGAUGGAGAUGGACCAGUAACUUACACAGUCUCAUCUCUCACUGCUAGAACUAGAUACACAUUCACUCUCUAUUCUGUGUUUGAGAACAUCUUAAGCAGUGGAGUGAGCGUUACUGCAGCCACUGGCCCUAAUUAUAUUCUUGCCAUGAACGUGGAAUUGGAGUCAUUGACUCAGCUGUCAGACUCGGAGUUGCAGAGUCUGUUGCAGGAUGAGUCUCCACUAACUGCUCUCUUCAAACAAUACGGACUGUCACCACAGUUGUCCUUCAAAGUGUUGAGACGUGAGCUCAGAAAAGACAAGAUGAACUGAAGAAGAAUGGAUCUGCAAUGCAACAUUUUGGAACUUUUUUCACACUAAUUUGACUUUUCACAAUUUCAAUUGCUUUCCUUGAAGCGAAUGAAAAAAACUGAUGAUAGGAAAGACUUGUCAUCAGAUUCCAGUGAAAUGUAGUUUGACCUCAUUAUUCUGCUUUGUAUUUACUUAUACUAGUACUACUUAAUACUUCUACUGCUAUGAGGAUAUGUUUGUUGUGUGUAUUGCUACUAUUGCUUCUUUUGCUUAAA